AGCGAGCAAAGUUUGAGAACCGAUUGUGCGGCGACUGGCGAAAGUGGGCACUGACUGCGCUGUGCUCGAUCGCAUAGAUCAUCGAACUCUCGAAGGAGCCAAUUUUCAGGGUCGGCAAAGCCGGCACGAUAGCAGUGCAGCGACAAUGUCCAGCUUUGAUGCAGCAGCACGACGCUUGCACCCGGACGCCUACGCGCGAGAGGAACCGACUGCACCAGUAGAGAAGAAGGUAGAGAAGAAAAAGAAACAGAAAAAACGGAAGGCCGCCGAGCCGCUGCCGGCCGUCGGCGACGUCAUCGCCGCGCGCGGCCUCCGCAAGGGCGACGACGCGGAAGCGCGAGGCACGGUCACCAAAAUUAAGCGCGCCAAGCGGGACGACAAGAAGAGCAAGCGCGGCGACCGCGUCUACCGUAUUGAGUUGGAGGGCGGCGGGAGCCGGAAAACGCGAUUGACGCACCUCGACUGGCGCCUCGUAAGGAAAGACACGAAGAGCUUCCUCGAGACGAUGCGCAGCGGCGCCAAGAUCGUCGCGCCCAUGGUCGGCGGCUCGGAGCUCGCCUUCCGGCUUUUAUGUAGGAGGCACGGCGCCAACGUCGCGUACACGCCCAUGCUCGAAGCGUCGAAAUUCCUCGACGACGCCGAGUUUAAAACCCAAUUCUUCCAGACUCAUGUUGAUGAUAAGCCGCUCGUGGCGCACUUCUGCGGCAACGACCCGAAGAUAGUCGGUGCGGCCUGCAAGGAAGCGGCGAGAUUAGGCGCCGACGCCGUGGACCUGAAUCUCGGCUGUCCGCAACGCGUCGCCUAUGCGGGCCACUACGGGUCGUACCUCAUGAAGCAGGAAGAUCGGGAGCUCGUCAAGGCGAUCGUGCGGGCGAUGCGGCGCGACACCCCUAAAGAAGUUGUGGUGUGUGUGAAGAUACGGCUCAUGGACACGCAGCCGGACACGCUGCAAUUGGUCGAGGACCUGCGCGAUAGCGGCGCGCAGGUCGUGGCCUUGCACGGGCGGCGACGAGCGACGUGGCACCGCGACGGUCCUGGUCUGUGUGGAAAUCAUGAUCCUCCAUGCCAUCGAGCAGAGGCUGUUACGAGGACAACGUCGCGUCGAUCGCGUGGGGCGCCCAAAAAUUUGAUUUUCACACAGGUCCUGGUGCUAGAGAUGGACCAGCGAACUUGGACGCCAUCCGCCAGGUCAAGGAGGCGGUCGGAGACUCCGUGGUCAUUGUAUCGAACGGGAACGUGAGGAACUGCGGCGAGGCCGAGGAAGCGUUGGAGCUGACGAAGGCGGGAGGUGUUAUGUCGGCGGAAGGUUUAUUGAACGACCCCGCUUUAUUUGAAGACGCCGUCUGUACUGAUGUAAACGAAGAACGCCUCCGGAAAAUUGCGCUAGCGCUAGAAUACCUGGACCUCGUCGACGCGCACGGGAACCCCGCCGGCUAUCGAUCCAUAGCGUUCCACUGUCGGAGAAUAGCGAAGGACGCGCUCGACGCGUACGAUGCCUUGGAUGAGCUGUUGGACGGCCCCGAUGUCGCGGCGGCGAGAAAAGUUCUCGAACGGUGCCGCCAGUACUGUACCGGGGAGAAAAAUUAUGAAGAGGACGCCGCGAAGAAAGCAUCAGCCAAAAAGCGCGCCGCCGAUAGAUUAAGAACGCGCGAGGCCCGGAAACGCUUCGAGGGCCGCAUGAUACGCAAGGCGAAGCGCGAGGGCAAGGCGCUCGAUUUUUAUGUCAAACAAGGUCUGGACAAGCCGUCGCCGGAUGAUUUAAGGAAGCUACGCUCCAUAAAGGACGAAAAGGCGCGACUUGCCGCUUGGAACGCCAAGCACCGCCAGCACUGCAUCGCGUUCCAUCUGUCGUCGUGCAAGCGGGGCGACUCGUGCGCGUUCCUCCACGAUGCGGUGGUGGAGAGCGCCGAUCUCGUGAGCGGGUAGUAAGGCUCCUG